GGGAGGAGGGAGUGCUGUUGCUUGUGCCUCCGCUGUCAUUCUGCUGCUGCGCGGUUCAGCAGCAGGAGGGCGUGCAGAAGGGAGGAGAGUGAAAAAACGGUGUAGAGGAGAACAGAAAGGAAGGAGAGAAAGGGAGCGCCUGGGCAGCACUGCAACUGCAGCCGCUGCAGCAGUCUGUCAGGAAGAAAGAGGGAGAUAGAAGGAGACAGAGGGAAGGAAAAGAAGACAGCAUGAUUGCCUUGGAGUGUAUGUAUGAUUUCACACAAGGAGAAGAGUUUGACUAAGGAAGACCAUUUUCUCCCUCCUGAUGCGUUUUGAUAAUGGUCUCAUGCAAGAGGCGUGCUCGGAAAUAGUGUGAAAGAGAAAGAAGGAGAUCUGAAGAUGGAAAGGACGGACAGCACCAAGGCAUACGGCCAAGCAGAUGGCAAAGGAGUAGGCAUGGCAGCUAAGAGGGCCAAGUCUGGAGUGCCCCAGAGCACACAGCGUGGGGAACUAAAGGUUUAUCGGGGAGGCAGCUCUGAGGGUAGGAUACCAGUGCCCUCCAAUCUUCGCAAGCAGAGGUCGAUGACAAACCUGGCUGUCCUCACUGAUGCUGAGAAGAAGCUGCACCUAUAUGAACCAAAGUGGUGUGAUGACAUGGCCAAGCUUGGAGCAGGGCAGCCCAAGACCAACAAGCCAAAAACCACAGGGGGUGGCAGCAGUGCCGGCGGGGGUGCCCCCCUUACUCGAAACCUAUCCAAAUCUGAACAUUCACUGUUCCAGGGAAAACCCAAACCCUUCAGCGCCUUAGCUGCUCCCUCUGCCCUGAGCAAGCAGAGCCGCAUACCUCGUGGUCCUUUUGCUGAGGUGAAGCCUUUGAGCAAGGCACCUGAGGAUGGAAAGUCAGAUGAUGAAAUCCUCUUCAGCAAAGCGAAGGCCAUCCCAAAGAAAGCUGGAGCCGGACCUGGAGGGGAUUCGGGCUCCAAAGGCCAGGGAGAGGAAGGGGGAGAUAAGCCCUUCCUGAAGGUGGACCCAGAGCUCGUGGUCACAGUGCUAGGAGAUCUUGAGCAGCUUCUUUUCAGUCAGAUGUUAGAUCCAGAUUCCCAGAGGAAGCGAACUGUGCAAAAUGUUCUCGACCUCCGUCAGAAUCUCGAAGACACAAUGUCGAGUCUGCGGGGAUCCCAGUUGACCCACAGCUGUCUGGAUAGCAGUAACGUGGGCUACGACAGUGAUGAGACCAAUGCCCGCAGUAUUUCCAGCAUGUCUAACCGCUCCUCACCUCUGUCCUGGCGCCACGGUCAGUCUAGUCCUCGCCUUCAGGCUGGUGAUGCCCCAUCUUCCACAGGUGGUGGAUACCAGGGCAGUAAGAACUCCUCCCAGUACACGGCCCACACCAUGCCUGCUCGCUGCUCCAGCCGUCUCAGUAGCACGUCUCGUAUUGAGCUCAUUGAAGGUCUCGACGAUGACCCUGAUCUCAAAUCUGGUUACCUGAGCGAUACUGACCUUCAAGGAAAGAGCCUUCCAGAUGAUGAUGAUGAUAACUUGGCUAAUGGCUGGGAUGAGAGCAGCUCUAUCAGCAGCGGACUCAGCGAUGGUGAUGGCUCAGAGAACCUCAGCUCAGAGGAAUUCAAUGCCAGCUCAUCUCUUAACUCCAUGCCCAGCACACCUUUGGGUUCGCGAAGGAGCUCUUCUGUUAUGCUCCGCACUGAUGCAGAGAAGCGAUCCCUGGUGGAAAGUGGCCUUUCUUGGUACAGCGAGGACGGCAAAGCCAGCCACAAGCUUGACAGUUGCAGCUUCAACUCAGGAAGCCUUAAAACAGAAGCCCCAAGCAAGUGGAGAAAGAAGCCUCCGAGCCUCAGCGAAGAUUUUGGGGUUAAAGGGGAACUGAAGAAGCCUCAGAGUUUGUGUCAACCAGGAAGCUUCAAGAAGGGCAGAAAUCCUCCUGUUGGUGUGACCUCACCCAUCACCCAUACCUCUCAGAGUAUGCUGAAAGUUGCAGCACCUAAAAGUGAGAAGCCUCUGGAUAAAUCCAAAAUUUCCAUCAAAACAGCUGGUCUCCAACGGUCCCGUUCAGAUGCCGGCAGAGAUAUUCAUGGAGAGCACCGCAAGCCCCCAUCAGGUUUGGUCAAACCAUCUGCUGGAGGCUCCUUUGGCUACAAGAAACCAUCAGCAGCCAGCGGUACCGCAUCUGUUAUGACAGCAGGGGGCGCCCAUAUCUCCGGAGGCUCUGCUACUGUGGGGAAAAGUCCCAAGUCAUCUGGCAUCCCUGUCAAGCCUGUAGGUGGAGGAACAAGCCUGGGUAGAAAGAACAGUUUCGAUGCCAGCAGUGAGCACACCUUCCUGGGGCCAAAUGCCCGAAACAGCAUUCAGUACCGCAGCCUGCCUCGACCAGCCAAAUCGAGCACUCUAAGUGUGAUUGGACGCCCAGCUGCUCGUCCUGUCAGUGGUACCAUUGACCCCACUCUGUUGAGUUUGAAACCUGUGCCCUUGGCCUCUACAGGGCCCAGGAUGAAAGAAAGCAGCUGCAGUGGUAAACUGUUAAACAGAACAAGUACAGGUCCUGUGAACCAGACGGACAGAGAAAAGGAAAAGGAACGGGCCAAGGCUAAGGCUGUUGGUACUGAAAUGGACUGUUGCUCUCUAAAGGGGGAAGAUAGUCAGUCGGAGUGUGCUGGAGAGCCUGCUGUGAAACUGCACCGCCUGAGACGAACAAGCAGCAGCAGAUACCCUGAACUUUCCUCUCCCACAACACCAAGGAUGCUGAAUACUAAGUCUCUUGGUCGCCCACCCAGCUUAGCUCACCUGGACAAGAUGAAUUCAAACAGUCUUGACUCCUGUGUGACCAUCCAGGACCUUCCACCUAAAAUACCACCAUACUCUAAGCUUCAAGACCUGGCUGCUUCCCACACACCCACACGUCUCACUCCGAGUCCGGCGCCUGUGCUCCAUAUUGAUUCUCCUUCCUAUACCAGUGAAAGCUUGAGCUUAAGUGGAUCCCCCGUGCUCUACCCCAAACUUUCUGGUAUGCAUCGCAGCUUGGAGUCCUUACCCCUCCAGAUGAGUGUGCCCUCCAGUGUAAGGCUUUUACAACCUGGUACAAGGGAUAAGGAAGAGAGGGGUGCAGGAACCUGGAGGGGCGGGAGUAGGACGUCGCUCAACCUCUCGGAUAGUUUGCAAACAGACCGGAAUACUUUGCCAAAGAAAGGCUUAGAGCGCUACGGCUCGAGCCUUUCAGACAGCGAUGGAAGCAAACCAGGAAGACGCCACUCUCACACUAUAGUGAACAUGACAGAGAGCAACAGCCCACCUCAGCUGCCUUCACCCUCCCGCCUUCUCCACCCUUCCUCCAGCAAAACUACUCUGACAAACAUCGUUGCCCCAAUUUCAUGUGGCACCCCAAGGAUAUCACGCUCCAACAGCACAGGCCCCUCCAGUGACACAGUCUGUGAUCUGUAUGGAUCCUCCCCCGUGGGCAGCAGUAUGUCUCUGGCUGACCGGCCAAAAAGCAUGCUCCGAUCCGGGUCCUUCCGUGAACCAGGAGAGGAUGUGCAUGGCUCUGUGCUCUCUUUGGCGUCCAAUGCUUCAUCCAACUAUUCUGCAAAUGAGGAAAGAAUUCAAGGAGAGCAAAUCCGCAAGUUGAGACGAGAGCUGGAGUCGUCCCAGGAAAAGGUGGCUGACCUGACUAUGCAGCUUUCUGCCAAUCAGCUAGGCCAGGCUAAUCUGGUUGCAGCGUUUGAGCAGAGUCUGGCGCUGAUGACAGCACGCCUGCAGACAUUGUCAGUCUCCUCAGAACAAAAGGACUCUGAGCUCACUGAAUUGAAACAGACCAUUGACGUUUUAAAAGUCAAAAAUACAGAAGCCCAAGAGAUCAUUCAGAGUGCUCUCAGUAACCCAGAUAUCACACCUAAAGAGCUGCUGAUAAAUAGACAGAACUCAUCAGAGAGCAUCUCCAGUCUCACAAGCACUACAAGUCACUCAAGCAUGGGAAGCCUCAAGGAGCAGGAGGCCAAGAAGAAGAAAAAGAAGAGCUGGGUCUUUGAGCUGCGUAGCUCCUUCAACAAAGCUUUCAGUAAGAAAGGCUCAAAGUCGGGGCCAUAUGCUGACAUCGAAGAGAUCGCCACUCCAGAGUCCUCGGCACCCUCUUCACCAAAGGUCACCAUUAUUGGAGAUAUCCCUCAACAGCCAAUGAAAUCCUCUGCCUCUGCUUCAUCUGCAGGACUCUGUGAAGGAGAUGAUGUGGCAGAUGAUAAAGUUGUAACAGAACUGCGCUCAGAGUUGUGGGAGAAGGAACGAAAGCUGACAGACAUCCGUCUGGAGGCUUUAAGCUCUGCACAUCAGCUCGAGCAACUGCAGGAGACCAUGACCAACAUGCAGAGGACAGUGGAGAACCUGAAGACUGAGAACGAUAAGCUAAAGACAGGUAGUCUGUCUCCCUGUCCAUCUCCUGGACCAUCCAGCUCUGUGUCCCAGUCCUCAGGUCUCACAGCCCUAGGGAGUUCAUCCCCCCAUCAGUCAGUAGCCAUGCACAUGCCCAAAAGCUACAGCAGAGGUCUGAGUGAAGGGAGCAGCUCAGCAGAUGUCCACUCUGCUGAUUCUCUCAGCCUUUCCACACAGAGAGAUGAUCAUCGUGUCAGAGUGGUAGUUUGUGUUGCAGAUUUACGUGUUUUUAAAGAUGAGGCUAAACCACAUGAUUUCUUCAUUGGGACUGUCAGGGUCAAUGGCAGGAUGGAUUGGGUCAUGUUGGAUUCUGCUGUCAGUCAGGCUUUCAAAGUCUAUAUAGCCAAGGUGGACCCCACCUCCAGUCUGGGUCUUUCUACAGACUCAGUCUUCAGUUACAGCAUGGGCCACAUUAAAAGAGUGCUGGGAGGCGAAGCCCCUGAGACACAGCCAUCACGUUGCAUGUCACGGGGCCCAACGGGCAUCACAGUAGCACUAAAAGGUUUGAAAGAGAAGUGUGUGGACAGCCUUGUGUUUGAAACUCUCAUCCCUAAACCUAUGAUGCAACAUUACAUAAGUCUCCUACUCAAACACCGUCGUCUUAUCCUGUCUGGUCCGAGCGGGACUGGUAAGACAUACCUUGCUUCCCGGUUGGCUGAGUACCUGGUGGACCGUAGUGCCCGCGGAAUCACAGACAGCAUUGUGAUCACUUUCAAUAUGCACCGACAGACAUGCAAGGAUCUGCAGCUUUAUCUUUCUAACCUGGCCAAUGAAAUAGAUUGGGAAACCAGUACGUCAGAAAUCCCGUUGGUGGUUAUUUUAGAUGACAUUCACAAUCCAGUUUCCAUCAGUGAACUUGUUAAUGGUGCUCUCACCUGCAAAUAUCACAAAUGUCCUUACAUUAUCGGAACAAGCAAUCAGCCGGUGAAGAUGACAGCAAAUCAUGGCCUGCACCUAAGCUUUAGGAUGGUGACCUUUUCCAACAACGUGGAACCAGCUAAUGGCUUUCUCACACGAUAUUUGCACCGGAAGCUUAUGGAGUCAGAAGAUGAAAGGAGUUUAACCAACGAAGAUCUGAUCAGGGUUUUAGACUGGGUUUCCAAACUGUGGUAUCAUUUGCACACUUUCCUCGAGAAGCACAGCACGUCAGACUUUCUCAUUGGCCCUUGCUUUUUCCUGUCCUGCCCAGUUUCAGUUGAUGAGUUUCGGUCUUGGUUCAUUGAUCUGUGGAAUCACUCUAUUAUUCCAUAUCUGCAAGAAGGAGCAAAAGAUGGCGUCAAGGUCCAUGGCCAGAAGGCAGUAUGGGAGGACCCAGUGGAGUGGGUGAGGGGCACCCUGCCAUGGCCGUCCGCACAGCAGGACCAGGCAAAGCUAUUCCAUCUACCUCCUCCAAGUAUCAGCUCUAGCAGCCCAUGUCAGUCCAGUGAGGAGAGGCCUCACAAAGAAACUCCACCCAGCUCUAUGGAAUCUGAUCCUUUGAUGGCUAUGCUUCUGAAACUUCAAGAGGCUGCCAAUUACAUUGAAUCUCCAGACAAAGAAGAUCUGCCUAAACUAUGAACGCACACUUAACAACCCAGCACUAAAGAUUUUAUUUAAUUUUAUGUGUUUCACUGUGUUGGAUCAGUGUAUAAUCAGGAAGAAAUAGACCUUGAGAAAUGAUUUUGGAGAGAGUUUACACAUAGUGUGAGAUUAAAACUUUUACAGUUUACAUACAGAUUAUUAAAACACACAAUAAGGACAUUAAAUAUCUAUAAUAAAUAAAAAGCUAUAUUCUGUAACAUGACUAUAUAUAAUAUUCCACGACCACAUUAGCCCUCCGUACUAUUAGAUUGGUGCUAACUGUUUACUCUGAAAUCCAUUGGUAUUAGCACUUUUUGCAAAAACAUCCUGUUUUUUAUCUAUGUGCAUCCUGGAAUAGUGAGUUCUCAUCUAAUGGCUUUAAAUCUUGAUGAUAAUAAUCUUGUUUUGGAAAAGAGUAUGACAGCAUGACAUACUGUUUAACGCAAAAAUCUUUGCUCCAUAUCUACUGUAUACAGAAAGCCUUUGAAGGCUAAUUCUUAAUACAUAUGCAAUCCUGAACUUUACAACUCAAGCAGGUGAAAAAUGCCUUAACAGCAGAGAUGUUCGUGUCACCUCAAGCUAAGCAGAGUUUACUGGUGCUUUCAUCAAUAUUAUCACAACUAUUCAGUCAGAAAUCAUAAAUUUUCCUAGGUCUCUGUAUUUUAUUAUUUCAGUUCAUUGCUAUUAUUUUGUCACAAAAAGUAUUAAACUUUUAGUCUUGUUCGGUUUUGUAAGAAACAUUGCUGUCAUACUCUUUUAUAUAAAUCUGAUCUUAAACAUUACUGAUGUGAUUUAAUUGCUCUAUGGCUGUACACACCACAUUUAUGAAGCACUUAACAGUUUUAUUUCAUAGAAGGCAAGCAUUGCCACUAAGGCUGCCAUAAAUCAGGUAUGAGAUACUUACUACACAGGGAUAAAAUAAGAUUAGAAACAAAUGAGUGAAUGCUUACUGAAUUCAAUUCAGUUUGCAGUUUAUUUUAGAAAGAGCACAUUUGUUUCAAAUGUUUCCCAUGAUAGUGUGUAUAUAUUGUAUACAUACAAUCAGGCUGUUUUGCAGUUUAUCUGCAUUAGUUGGUGCAAAAAAAUCUAAUAUACUGAACCAAAUAUUUUACUUUAACCUUGCAUAUUGACUGUCAGGUUAGGAGUUUGACUUCAACUAUGAAUGUUUAUUAAACACUUAAGUGUACAAUAGUUUCAUGUAGUAGGUGCUUUUAAAAGAAGCCUUAUCAAAGUACUACAGCAAAACACAUUUAACAGUGGCUGAGCAGAGCGACUUUAAAGCUGCGUGGUGAAUUCAUCCAUCACAGUUCUUACACUUAAACUAAAUUGUCUCUCACCAGUCAUGCAUAUUAGUCUUGGUUAGCUUUGUAUGAUGCUCUUUAAAAUGUCCCACACUGUUUUAGGAUUGUAUUGCAGAGUAGGCUAGCAAAAAGUUUAGUGUCAUUUCUGUCAAACCGGAAAUAUGACCUACAUGUGAAAUAGUGUUGAAGAUGUUCAGAAGUCACGCGUGACAUUGUGUCCUGUGUACCCUCAUCAAUGUUGUACAGUAUUCCAAGAAUAUUCUGGGUACACGGCAGAGAAAAACUGUGCUAUAUGAGCUCAGAUGAAAAUUUUAUUAGGUGCUUGAUGUAGAUUUGUGUAAAGAGGUCCUAUUAAAGUACAUGAAAUGUAGGGUAUAUGGUUGUGCAAAAUCCAUCAUCCCAAACUGGCCAAUGUUUUAGCUGAGUGAAUGUUGUACCACUUUAAUGACAGCGCGCUAAGGAAGUGUAACCAUUUAGAUUGUGUACCUGCAGCUCUGACUGGUACAAAUUAAUAGAACAAAGAGAAAAAGUUAGCUUUGUUGCUGUAAAUACUCCGGGUCUCAAACGGUGUUACUGGCCAGUGGCCACAAUCCGUUUCUGCAGGUUGAUUAAAGCCAUCAGGUCCAGCUUUUCAUCUCAUUUUCUGGUUGUUGUGCCUAUUGCUCUGUAUAAGCUGUAAUUUGUGUUUGCUUACUGGUGUAUAAGGACUAUGCAGCAACUUCUACUGGUGUCGUCAAUUGACAGAGUCAAGUCAAGUUUAUUUAUAUAGCGCUUUUCAGCAACAAGGCACUCAAAGCGCUGUACAUGAGGAAAACAUUACAAUGAUACAGAAAAUUAAACACAGAAAAACAAAUCAAAUGACACUAAUAAUCCUUUGGAGUAAUAAUAAUCAAUAAUCCUUCCAGGUUUACUGGUACAAAUUUGUUCCAAGCCACUCUUAAUAAUAAAGCAUCUUAUGCUAAAAGAAGAUUAAAAUAUUGAUAGUCUCAUCAUUCCACUGAAUUCUAACUAGUGAAGCUGAGUCACUGGUACAAAACAGCUUUAAUCCACAUUUUCAGGUGCUAAUAAUAUACUGCUUUUACUGGUACUGAAGUUGAACUAAGUAAUAACAGUCUAUUGUAGUCUAACUCAGAAAGCUGGCUCAUUGGUGUAAGAGCAGCUAUAUUCCAGAGGUAUUAACUUGACAUGCACUUGCGUUGUGUUCUCAUCUGGUCUAAGUUCCUGAUUUGAAUCAAAAUGCAUCACAAGAAAUACAUAAAAGUUUAUUUCAGCCAGUCAGACAUAGCCUUAAAUGAGUGACGAUUUAAAGACAGGGUUUAAAAGAUUGGUAAGAAAUAUAAGCUGUUUAAUAAAUGUUGUGCCAAUGAAUGGCAAAAGAAGAAAUGUAACUGUGGCUAUAAUUUUAACAAUUUAAGAUCAAAUCAUGAGCCUAAAUCAGCUCUAAAUCUGAUUUCUUAGGCCAAUACAGGUUGCUGAAUAGUCAUAUUUUUGCAAAGUUGUCGUGGGCUAAACUAAGAUUUUAAAAAAGUUAUGCUGUUUGUAAUGUCACAGACUCAUAUCCUAAGGGUUUAUAGGUGUUGUAAAUGCAUGUAAACUUGCUGUGUGAUGGGACAAAAGGUUCACCUUACCAUAUACUUAAAAAUCAUUCUAGACAACAUGUUCUUUUUUGAAUACUCAAACAUUUGAUAUUUCGUUUUUUUUAAAAUAAUCAUUUGUAAAACUUGAUUUAUCUACUUUGUACAGGACAUCAAUGUAAAGACUGUAAAUACAGUUGGCGGACAUUCUGGAUGCAGCAACAAUCAUUGAAGAGGGGAAACAAAGAAGGCAUCCCAUAGAAAAAUAUAUAUUUCACUAGAGUUGGGUCCAGCAGAUGGAUAAAUGGUGCUCCUGACGGAUUUCAUCCACUCAUCACUGUUUGUUGGCAUUAAUAAAAUACAUGUCAUAUUUA